CCUCUAAAUACAUAAAUACGUACACGACCUAAGCCGGUGUCAAUUCUUAACCUAGGAUCCUGUUGGACACAUCAGAGGGAGUCAACCUGAAAAAACCGCGCCUGCAGCAAGAAUACCUCAUCUAUUCUUUAAACUAAAGACAAAAAAAUCUACGGACAUGUACACCAGGCUCAUCAUCGCUGUGCUGGUUGUGGCAGCAGUAGCAGUAAACACUGCAACAGCACAAACCAACUCAACAAAUGCCACCACAACAGCAAUGCCCAACACCACGGUAGUAGCAGCAACGCCAAGCAGCACAGGAUUACCAAACACCGCAGCAACGUCAGGCAGCACAGGAUCAACAAACACCACAACUUCAAACGUUACUAUUACAACACAAAGUACUACUACAACACCACUCCCAGUGGGGGCCCUUACUACAACUAUCUCUAAAAACGGUUGUGGAACCUCUAAGCUCUGUGUGAGAAGUCCCUCUUCAUGUGACCCGUCCACUGGAAUAUGUUACUUUAUUUCCGCCAAGCUUCAGAGUGGUCAAAACUAUCAGCUUGAGCUGUCAGGAAACACAACAGGCUACAUCGCUACCGCUCUCUCAACUGGCAGCUCAGUUGGAAAUGGUGACACAACCUACAUUUGUGCAAACAACAGUGGUGUGGUUCAGUUCUUAGUUGCUAGCUACAGUAAUGGCACUGGGCUGACGACAACAUCAACCUCGAGUGUGAGCUCUGUGAUUGGCAGUGUCAAUGGAAACAAAAUCCAGUGCGUAUUCAAUGCCACAUUACCAGCUGGAAUCACUAAAGCAUCAUCAUCACUCUUUCAAGUGGGAUUCCUCACUGGAAGCUACAAUAAUGGUACACUGGGCAAUGCCACUCUUGCAUUCCAACAAUCUGCAGAUCUGUCCAAUCCAGCCAGCCAUGCCAUCACAUUCAAGCAAUCACUGACCCAAGCUGUGCUGAUUGUUAUGGUUGCACUGGGUCUGACCAUGUAAUGAUGAAGUCAAGAAAAUGAAUUAAUCACACACCAUGACCAGUUACAGUAUGCCUGGAGCUACUGUACUUGGAGAUAAUAGUGAAACUAUUCUCUGUUUUUAGAGGCUCUGGAUCUAACAAAGAUUUUAAUUAAAUGUUAUAUCUAUGUUCAGUAAGUUCAGUGGUGUAAACCAAUCACUAAAUGACAAGAAUAUGAUUAAACUGGGAAACAUUUUAACAACUGGGACUAGAUGUACAUCUUAUGGACAUCAGACCAAAUCAACUACCUGGCAAUGCCUUACUAUUAAACAGUGAUACAUACAUUUUCUCCCUUCAUUACACUCACAAUGAUGCCAGCAAUUGGCAGAUGUGGAUUUUAUUCUCUUUGGUGUGAGUAAACAUAUUAUUGAUAAGUUAAAUAUACACACUGUGAAGCCUUCAUUGGCUAAGUGUGUGAUUGUCUGUGAAGGAAUUUUCUAUAUACCAGAUAUUGGUGAAGAUGAUUUUUGUACCAACUUUUUAAAACAUUUUUGUUGAAAUAAAUAUUUAAAGCAAAUAAA